AUGGCGACGGAGACUCUGACUCUACGUCCCGCCACCCAGCAGCGCAAAGUGCCCAAGGCUGCGAAGCUACCUCCCGAAAAUGAGCGCUAUAUGAGAGCCUGUUCGGACAUAGCGAAUGCGCUGAUUCAGGACUAUGAGGCUCAAAGGGACUCAACGAAGCCCAAAAAAGAUAUCAACCUGAACAAGCUGCGGGGUCAAAUUUCGAAGAAGCACAGCUUGAGCACUCAGCCUCCUCUAACAGCAAUCAUUGCAGCAGUCCCAGAGCAUUAUAAGAAGUAUAUUUUGCCGAAGCUGAUCGCAAAGCCGAUAAGGACAUCUUCCGGUAUUGCGGUUGUUGCUGUUAUGUGCAAGCCUCAUCGAUGUCCUCAUAUUGCAUACACUGGAAACAUUUGCGUGUAUUGUCCAGGCGGUCCUGAUUCCGACUUUGAAUACUCCACCCAGUCCUAUACCGGAUACGAGCCGACGUCAAUGCGAGCUAUCCGCGCCCGCUAUGACCCUUUCGAGCAAGCGCGAGGGCGGGUGGACCAGAUCAAAUCCCUUGGCCACAGCGUGGAUAAGGUGGAGUAUAUUAUCAUGGGUGGCACGUUUAUGUCUUUGCCAGAGGACUACAGAGAAGAAUUCAUAGCCCAGCUCCAUAACGCGCUCAGUGGAUAUCAAACAAACAAUGUUGAUGAAGCGGUCCAAGCCGGGGAGAUGAGCAAUAUCAAAUGUGUCGGAAUCACGAUAGAGACACGUCCAGAUUAUUGUUUGGACACUCAUCUCAGUGCUAUGCUCAGGUACGGCUGUACGAGAUUGGAGAUCGGUGUGCAGAGUCUUUACGAAGAUGUCGCAAGGGAUACGAACCGAGGACACACUGUGGCGGCUGUGGCGGAGACGUUUAAACUGGCGAAGGAUGCUGGUUUCAAGGUCGUCAGCCACAUGAUGCCAGAUCUACCUAACGUGGGGAUGGAAAGAGAUUUGUUCCAGUUCCAAGAAUACUUUGAGAACCCAGCCUUCCGAACGGACGGUCUGAAAAUCUACCCAACACUAGUCAUCAGAGGUACCGGUCUCUAUGAGCUUUGGCGGACUGGUCGCUACAAGAACUAUACCCCAAAUGCUUUGAUUGACAUUGUCGCUCGCAUCCUUGCCCUGGUGCCCCCAUGGACUCGUAUCUAUCGUGUGCAGCGUGAUAUUCCUAUGCCUCUUGUCACAUCCGGCGUUGAGAACGGUAACCUUCGCGAACUCGCUCUUGGUCGAAUGAAAGAUUUCGGCACCACUUGCAGAGACGUGCGGACUCGAGAAGUUGGAAUUAACGAAGUCAAGAAUAAGAUCCGACCAAGCCAGAUUGAGCUAAUUCGGCGUGAUUACGUCGCCAAUGACGGAUGGGAGACUUUCCUUGCCUAUGAAGACCCGAAACAGGAUAUUCUCAUUGGCCUUCUCCGUCUACGAAAGUGCAGUGCAAAGUAUACCUUCCGCCCAGAGCUUACCGGUCAACAGACUAGUUUGGUCCGUGAGCUGCAUGUAUACGGUUCAGCUGUUCCCGUUCACGGUCGUGAUCCUCGGAAGUUCCAACAUCGCGGAUUUGGAACCCUGUUGAUGGAAGAGGCCGAGAGGAUAGCAAGAGAGGAGCAUGGAAGUCGAAAGAUUAGCGUCAUCUCUGGGGUCGGUGUCAGAAGUUAUUACGCAAAGCUUGGGUAUUGGCUCGAUGGACCAUACAUGAGCAAGAUGCUCGAUCCAGUGGAGCCGGAAGAUGCUGAAGAAUAAGGUACUAUACAACCAAAAUCUAUGGUCAUGCUUUUGAUUGUUGCUGUGUAUCAAUCUAUUAACGCUCAGAUGGGCGCUUGUUUCCUCACUGGCGUUGGUUUGCUCCUUUAUCUUUCGAAAAAGAGUAGGAAGAAGUUGUCUGGUUAUUGGGUUCAUUGGUUUUAAAGGCGUUAUCAAAACAAGGUGCCAUAUGAUGCUAUCCAAAUGGUCCAUUUCUUCGGCGUUUUGGUUCACGAACAACGACAAAAGCUCAUGUAUAUAUGAUGAAUACCUGUUAAGGUUCGCUCCAAGUUUUG